AGAGGAAACUAGAGCGAGGGCCUUGCCUGGCAGCCGGUGUGGACCCCAGAAAGGGGUAUGGCAGCUGGCAGAGGGGCAGGGGCCACCCAGCACACCCCGGGGGAUGCCAUGGCUGCCAGGCUCUCAGCAUUUGAAAGGUCACCGAAUCAGCUGCGCAGGCUCGUUAGCAGAAACACCUGGAAAGGCCCUGCCUGGGAUCUGGGCGGAGGCAGAGGUGCCGCCCACUUGGCUCCGAUAAUUGGACUCAGGCCUGGACAGAGAUGUUUAUCCCUCAUUAGCUCUGGGGGGUCCAUUAGCCCCGUGGCUGGCGUGCAGGGUAAAUGUCAGCUGAGAGGGCUUUGUGCUCUGGGGCCUCAGGCCUCUGUCUGCCUGUUCUCCUGAGAGGGGACCCAGGUGCCAGGGCAGACAGGAGGAGGUGGAGGGGCCUGGGGCCUGCCGGGAGUCCUUGCUGUGCCGGGGCCAGGCAUGGUGGAGCGGCCACAGCACACCCCUGCUGAGCCCAGGCUUGGCUGCCAGCCCCCAUGUGAGACCACCCCGACUGAGCCUCACUACGGAGGGAGGGGAGUGUGCCAGCGCCCACUGCAUGCUGGGAGAUGGAGGCCUUGCCACAAGGUCCUGCCCCAGCGACUGGAGGAUGACGGGAAGCUGUCCCUGGAGGAAUUCCAGCUCUUCUUCGCAGAUGGCGUCCUCAAUGAGAAGGAGCUGGAGGACCUCUUCCACACCAUCGACUCCGACAACACCAACCACGUGGACACCAAGGAGCUGUGUGAUUACUUUGUGGACCACAUGGGGGACUAUGAAGAUGUCUUGGGCUCCCUGGAGACCUUGAACCACUCUGUCCUGAAGGCCAUGGGCUACACCAAGAAGGUAUACGAGGGUGGGAGCAACGUGGACCAGUUCGUCACCCGCUUCCUCCUGAAGGAGACGGCCAGUCAGAUCCAGUCGCUGCUCAGCUCCGUGGAGAGUGCGGUGGAGGCCAUCGAGGAGCAGACCAGCCAGAUCCGGCAGAAUCACGGUAAACCCAACCACAGCACCAUGCAGAGCUGGUAUGGAAGCUCCACCCUUCCCUGUGCCCCCGGGCCCAAGCUCAUGGCUGUGGAACAAGGGAAGAGCCUUCCGUCUGUCCCCGGAGACAUGAAGGAGGAGAGUCUGGAGGCCCAGAUCAGCCGGCUGGCAGAGCUGAUCAGAAGGCUGGAGAGCAAGACCCUCUGGUUUGACCUGCAGCAGCGCCUCUCCGACGACGACGAAGGCACCGCCAUGCACCUGCAGCUGGUCCGGCAGGAGAUGGCCGUGUGCCCCGAGCAGCUGGGCGAGUUCCUGGGCUCCCUGCGCCAGUACCUUCGGGGCACCGCCGGAGCAGGGCCCUGCUUCCACAUCGCCGCAGUGAGGCUGGCUGAUGGCUGCACCUUUGUCGUCUAUGAGUUCUGGGAGACGGAGGAGGAGUGGAAGAGGCACCUGCAGAGCUCCGUGUGCAAGGCUUUCCGGCACGUGAAGGUGGACACGCUGAGCCAGCCCGAGGUCCUGUCCCACAUCUCCGUGCCAGCUGCCUGGUGCACCGUGGGCCGAGACUGACCACCACCCCAGCCCUGAGGAAGAGCCUGCUACCUUGGCCCCUCCUCUUGUAAAGGAUGCCCCUCUUUUCUAGACACUUUGGUACACGAGCUGUCUUUUCAAUAUACUUCUAAAGAGGAAUGGGCUUUCCCUGCUGCCGGAUGUGAAGGAGGACCCUGCCCAGCCUCCCCUCCUGAGUGGGCAGAGCAGUGUCCUGCUGAGGCCACAGCAGUGGCGACAGGGUGGCUUCCUGGGCCCACACCCCACAGGGCUGAGGCUCAGCAGGGCACCCUGACAGCCCACUCCUCCCUCCCUGCUGCCAUUCCUCUGCCUGGUAGGAGCCGCGACCCUGUAGUGCCCCAGCUCAGCCCGGGCCGGGCCCAUGGACAGCAGUAGAGUCCAUGUAGCCAGGGCCACACCUGGCAGACUGCCACCACCGGGCACAGGCACCAAAUAAACUCCGGUCAGGACCGGC